AUGAGCAGCAGACAGGGGCCGCUCGAUCCUUACAGUGUAAAUAUGACGCAUCUGGAGCUUUUCGACAAUCUCUCCAGCGAGGCGUACCGCUCCAUCGAAGAACCAGGGCCACCGGAUAGCUUGACAGUCGACAUCUACGCGAAACACGCCCUGGAGACCCCGUAUCUGAUGCACCAAAUGCUCGCAACGUCAGCCUUGCAUCUCAGCACGAGAACCCCAAACUUUCGUGACACCUACCGCGAAUACGCCACGGGUCUACAGAAUCGUGCGCUCUCGCUCUUCAACGAAGCUAACCCGGUCCUGGAAGUGACUUCGGCCAAUUGCGUGCGCAUGUUUCUGUUCUCGUCCGGGGUCGGGAUCCAUCUGCUCUGCGAGACGUUGCGGUAUCAAAGAGAUAGUCUCGAACGAUUCGUUGAGAGAUUUACGCAUUGUCUGAGUGUUUACCGGGGCAUGCUCGCCGUCAUCGACCAAAGCCGGGAUCUGCUGCUUGAGUCAGAGCUGGGACCCCGUCUGAAAUUGACUCAAGCUCUCAUGGAAUCCACGGAUGCUGAUGGGUCCGAAUGUGACGCACUUUGUGACAUGAUAAGUGUCAUAGACGACGCAACCCAGGGCUCUCAAAGGACUUAUCGAGAGUCCAUCUCUCACCUUCAGCGGGUCUUCAAUGCGCAGCGUGCCGCUUCUGGAACAAAAAUUGCAGUGCCCACGGUGCUUGCUUGGCCGGUGCUCGUCCCUCCCGAAUACGUAGAUCUGUUGCGGCAAAGGCAAGCGGAAGCACUCAUCAUCCUCGCUCAUUUUGCUGUCCUGCUGCAUCGGUACCGCAAAUUGUGGCUGUUCGGCGACAGCGGUCGUUUCCUCAUCGAGUCUAUUUGUGGAGACCUGGACUCGCACUGGCAUGCAUGGUUGAAGUUCCCAAAAGCAAUGCUUCAGGAGGACUUGACUCCUUGA